UUUUUUUAUAAUAAAUAAAAAUAUUUAUUCCCUGAGUUGACAAAAAGGCAAAAUAGUGCUAGUUUUCUAAAUAUAAAAAGAGAAAGAACAGGAUUUGGGGACCUCUGUCAUAAAAUUCCUCAGACCGUUAUCUCUCUGCGAGAUUCUCGCAGCACACAAUUCCAGUACAUGUUCAACGGUGCAUUACACUUUGUUCAUGUUAGAGUUCUUCAAGUAAGAGUUAGGACACCGAGAUGAUGAUUUUGGUUAGUGCGCCAUAUACGAUAGAGAAACAACCAGAAAAAGUAGCUUUAAAAUAGUAGUACUUAAAUGAGGUACGUAUACGCUAAUAAAGUUAUUAAAUAUUAAGAUAGAAUUAUGUAAAAAAAAAAAACAAAUCGGCAGUAUCUGAGAGUAUUCUCAUUAUUGUCCUGCAUACUGUGCCGUGAACGCGUAAAUUCGAAAAAACCUAAAUGGUUAACUUUAAAUGCUUCCCAAAAUAAUCUCAGAAAUGUGCUUUUGCCGUGUGGUGUGGUUGAUGUGUGACACCCUGUAUAUUUUAUUGCAUAAUUAUUUUAAUUUCUUUAUUAAAAAAUUAAUUUCUUUGGAAAAAAUAGUUGUGUAAUUUUAAUAAGUUGAAACAAAUAAUUUGAAUCAAGCGCCACAGUUUCUAUUAAUAGCGAACUGUAUCCUAACUCUCACUUGAGAAAUUCUAAUUCAUGUUAGACUCGUGCGCAUUUUAUGCGAACGUACAAGUGAUUAAAUUUCCGUAAUUUUGAAAUUUUGAUCGACAUGUACACUAUUGAAUAAUGCAGAGCACAGAAUACGCAAAAUAUAGGUGUUUAUUGCGAUUGAAUAUAAUGUCAUAUGCAACUAUAAAGAUCGACGGUUCUAUAAGGGAUUAUAUUAAAUGGGUUCUUGAUAAUCGAGAGGCAAAUAAAAUAGAGCCAAUAAUGUUUGGAGAACAUGAACUAAAGUUUGAGCUUGAUGAUGAUCUCGAAGAGUUUUUCCUUCAGAAGGCACAAGAAGAAUUGCGAGAGACGCCCGAAAUCGUCGCCAAGGGCCACAAGGAAUUGGCAAAGUUGAUUGCAGAAACACCUGAUUUAUUAGAAUAUAAUAAACCAUAUGAUGAACAUAUAUACGAAAUAUUCUUGCGGCCGUGUAAAUGGUAUGCGGAAAGCGCUUUUGCUCUUAUGAAUCGAUAUUAUCGAUACCGUCAGACAUAUUCGCGCAUAUUUGUCGAUUUCUUGCCCAGCAAACAAAAAAUAGGACUUUGCUCCGGUAUAUUAUAUCCGAUGCCAAUUCGUGCUAAAGACGGGAGCAGGAUUAUGAUUAUUGAAGGAGGGAGACUAUGGAAACCAAAGGAACAUCCUUUGGAUGAUUGCUGGAAAGGCGUAUUAUUCCUUCUGACCAUAGCUAUGUUGGAAACCAAAACUCAGAUCGCAGGUGCACGUGUCAUCAUAGACGUCGAAGGUUUGUCACUCAGGCAAAUAACGUACCUCACUCCGAGCUUUGCCAAAAUGGUGGUGGAAUUUGUACAAAAAUGUUUGCCCCUUCGUUUAAAAUCAGUACACAUUGUAAAUCAGUCGUUCAUUUUCAAUGUGGCAUUCGCAAUUUUCAAACCAAUUUUAGAGGAGAAGUUUCGCAAACGAGUUAUUUUUCACGGGACAAACUGGGAAACUUUAAUAGAUAUCAUAGGUAAAAAUGCAUUGCUUAAAAAACACGGAGGCGAACUUAAUAUGCCUGAGGAUGAAGGAUGGAUCGUAAAACUGUGGCAGAAUUGUUUUCCAGUUGAACCCGUUCUCGAAGUUCUUGAACAACAUGGAUACAAAACGGACAUUAAAAAAUGACCGACUGCUUGUUCAACCGUUAUGUUGUCGUUGUUAACGUGAUCAUCAUUAUGGUUGUCACGAGUAAUCACGCAUGAAGCUACAAUAAAAAAUUAAAUUGUUGGUAUUUGGUUUUUUCAGAAAAGCGAAUGCAUUUCGCGGCUGUCACGAUUGUUGGGUGCAUCCGAGAGAUGCGAAUUAUUCUGUCAAAUCAUACAUACAUAAAGAAUGGUGUAUUGAAAACUUAAAGUCAACAAUAUAUAUCAAUAUAUUAUAAGGAAUAGUCAAAAAAAUAUAUUAAGAAAUAUAUUUACUUUCUGUCUCUAAUUCUCUGAAUAAUACAAAGGUCUUAAUUAGAACCUAAUGGACCUAUUUUGGCCCUUGCAACAUAUUUUAUGUUCUUUUUUUAUUUUUAAAAUAUUACACUAUUUAAUUCUAUUUAAUAAUAAUUUUUUUAGUUCUAUAGAGAACAAGUAGAAUCUAAAAAGCAUACAAAAUGGUUCUUAUUUACAUCUUUGUGUUCUAAAGGUACGAGUACGUUGUUAGAAAUGUUCGGAAAAUUUUGUCAGAUUUAAGGUACUGAAGUAACUUAAUUAUACAAAAUUAAGGUACUGAAAACGAAAUUUAGUAACAUUUAAAGCAAAUUUACUAAAUUUUUUAAAAUUACUAAAGCAACCCAAGUAACAAAAUGCUCGCACGUGCUGUGAGUCCGCGUGCGAGAAACAGCGCUUUACAGUUUUAGGAGUCGCUGAUUCCAAAUCUGCCAUCAGAUUUGCAAAAUUAAUUUGAUUAAAAUAAAUAGUUUAAUUUGA